AUGGCUACCGACGAAAACCUCUGGUCCAGCGUGCCCUGGCAAUCAUUCCCACCGAACUCAAAACCAUUAGCUUGGCAUAAACACCGUGUCCCCUACACGGAGCAGGCAAAUGCACUCCAGAACCUGGACGUCUGGAUUCCCACGUCGUCGUCGUCCCGUGAGCCAGCCAACCUCUCCUCGAUCAGGGGCCUCUGGGUAAUCUACAUCCACGGCGGGGCAUGGAGAGAUCCGCUCGUGACAUCGGCCUCAUUCACGCCCACGAUACGAUGUUUGCUGGGUCGAACGCAAUGGGACAACCCUUCAACCUCCAAAAUUGCGGCGUUCGCAUCGAUAAAUUACUCUCUCUCUCCGUACCCCAACCAUCCAACCGAUCCUUCACCGCCGAAAGACCCCUCUCGAGCCGCUGACCGAAGCCGCACCGCGAGACAUCCGGCGCACAUCCUCGACGUUCUCCAUGCCCUGGCUUUUCUCCAGCGCAAAGCGGGAUUCGGCGGCAAUUAUAUCCUGCUCGGCCACAGUUGCGGCGCGACGCUGACAAUUCAGGUCCUGAUGGACGCGACGAGAUGGGGAGAUGGAGCAGCUUCGGCUCUGAAGGGCGACAAACCCAGAGCCGCGUUGGGAUUGAACGGAUUGUAUGAUUUGCCUGGCCUCAUCCAGGAUCCGGGUGAGAAGCAUGCGCAUUUAAUUCCCAUAUAUGCCGAGUUCACGAAAGGGGCAUUUGGAGAGGACGAGACGGUGUGGAAGGACGUGAGCCCAGUGUCUGUGUCGGAUUGGACCAACGAAUGGGGACGGGCAGAGCGGGAAGUCGUCCUCGUCCAGAGUGGAGAGGAUACCUUGGUGCCCUAUCGGCAGUUGGAAGGGAUGAGAGAGGGGUUUAAAUCGGCCGGGCUCAAAGUCCUUGAAAUGCAUGCGGACGGUGAUCACGAUGAGUUGUGGGAGAAAGGUGAUCGGUUGGCGGAGAUUAUCCACGAGAUGGUUACGAUGUUGUAA